AUGACAGGCGCUGCUAUCGCGGCGCAGGUGGAGCAGAACCAGCGGGCGUUCCAGAAGCAGGACAACAUCUUCGUUGGGAAGAAGCGGGUGCUGGGCAAGAAGACUACUCUGAAGGAGUCGCGCUACUACAAGUCUGUUGGCCUUGGCAUCAAGACGCCGCGCACCGCGAUUGAGGGGACGUAUGUUGACAAGAAGUGCCCGUGGACGGGCUCGGUCAACAUCCGGGGCAAGCUCAUCACGGGAGUCAUUAAGACCACCAAGAUGAAGAACACCGUCAUCAUCCGCAAGGACUACCUGCAUUACAUCAAAAAGUACAACCGGUUUGAGAAGCGGCACAAGAACACGCCGGUCCACGUCUCGCCUGCCUUCCGUGUCAAGGUCGGCGACGAGAUCCUCGCGGGGCAGCCCAUCUCGAAGACCGUGCGCUUCAACAUGCUGAAGAUCACGCGAGCGGCUGCCGGUGGCGACAAGAAGGGCUUUGCGGGCAUGUGAGCGUUUAUCGUGACAGAGACGCACCGGGGCAGCGGGCAGCCCCGGGGCACACUACUUUGAGGGUCUUAAACGUGGUUUUAAAUCGAUUAAACUGAAG